UUAGGGGAGGGAGGGGGCCACCCACUGCCUCGCGCCCCCGCCCUGCGGGUGUCUCGCGCACGAUCCGUGCGUGUGAGUGUGUGGGUCUGUCUCGCGCCUAAAGUGCGUGCCCGCGCGCUCGCCUGGCGCUCUCCCCCUCCCCUCGCCCCCUCCGGGUCCUCCCACCGCACUCGGCUCCCUCCUUCCCAGCAAACGCCGCCCCUCCCGCUCUCUGGCUCCGGCUCUGGCGCCGCCGCAGCCGUCGCCGCCGGAAAGUUCAGGAGCCCUGGAAAGGACAAGGAAUAAGACGGCAGGAGGAAGAGAGAGAGAGGGUUUUAUGAAAAUUCAGAGUGUUGUUCAAUAGAGCAAAAAAUGUGAUGAGACUUCUGGAAAAGGACCAGGAACACCGUUACAUUUAGAGCGGAGAUCUGGGGUGCUGGUGUUAGAAACAGUCCCCCUUUUUUUUUUGGCUGUGCCAUGUGGCUUGCGGGAUCUUCGUUCCCCGACCAGGGAUUGAACCCGAGCCCUCGGCAGUGAAAGCGCAGAGUCCUGACCACUGGACCGCCAGGAAAUUCCCUAGAACCCCUUUUAAAACUGGUAGAAUGGAAGAAUCUCACUUCAAUUCUAACCCGUACUUCUGGCCUUCCAUCCCCACGGUCUCAGGACAGAUCGAGAACACGAUGUUCAUCAACAAGAUGAAGGAUCAGCUGUUGCCAGAGAAGGGCUGUGGGCUGGCUCCGCCCCACUACCCCACCUUGCUGACAGUGCCUGCCUCGGUGUCCCUGCCCUCGGGCAUCAGCAUGGACACGGAGUCCAAGUCAGACCAGCUGACCCCGCACAGCCAGGCAUCCGUCACCCAGAAUAUCACGGUGGUCCCUGUGCCGUCGACAGGACUGAUGACCGCUGGAGUCUCCUGUUCUCAGAGGUGGAGAAGAGAAGGGAGUCAAUCAAGGGGUCCCGGCUUGGUUAUCACAUCCCCCUCAGGCUCCCUCGUGACCACAGCCUCAUCAGCUCAGACCUUCCCCAUUUCGGCUCCCAUGAUUGUCUCAGCUCUUCCCCCUGGCUCACAAGCCCUGCAGGUGGUCCCUGACCUCUCUAAGAAGGUAGCAUCGACCCUAACAGAGGAAGGAGGCGGCGGCGGCGGUGGCGGUGGCACUGUGGCCGCUAAGCCCCCCCGGGGCCGAAAGAAGAAGCGGAUGCUGGAAUCGGGGCUGCCCGAGAUGAACGACCCUUACGUCCUCUCCCCUGAGGAUGACGAUGACCAUCAGAAAGACGGCAAGACCUACAGGAGCGAAGGGAACUGCGGCACAGGAAAUGGACAGAGCCUUGGGCUCAUGGAUUCAGUUCCCGGCUCCACCACGAACUUGCUGUGUGACCCUGGGUGCCGGAUGUGCUCCCUGACGUUCUACUCGAAGUCGGAGAUGCAGAUCCACUCCAAGUCACACACCGAGACCAAGCCCCACAAGUGCCCGCACUGCUCCAAGACGUUCGCCAACAGCUCCUACCUGGCCCAGCACAUCCGUAUCCACUCGGGGGCCAAGCCCUACAGUUGUAACUUCUGUGAGAAGUCCUUCCGCCAGCUCUCUCACCUCCAGCAGCACACCCGGAUCCACUCCAAGAUGCACACGGAGACCAUCAAGCCCCACAAGUGCCCGCACUGCUCCAAGACCUUCGCCAACACCUCCUACCUGGCCCAGCACCUCCGUAUCCACUCGGGGGCCAAGCCCUACAACUGUUCGUACUGCCAGAAGGCCUUCCGCCAGCUCUCCCACCUCCAGCAGCACACACGAAUCCACACCGGGGAUAGGCCGUACAAAUGUGCACACCCGGGCUGCGAGAAAGCCUUCACACAGCUCUCCAACCUGCAGUCCCACAGGCGGCAGCACAACAAAGAUAAACCCUUCAAGUGCCACAACUGUCACCGGGCGUACACAGACGCAACCUCGCUGGAGGUGCACCUGUCCACGCACACAGUGAAGCAUGCCAAGGUGUACACCUGCACCAUCUGCAGCCGGGCGUACACGUCGGAGACGUACCUGAUGAAGCACAUGCGCAAACACAACCCUCCUGAUCUCCAGCAGCAGGUGCAGGCGGCGGCGGCGGCGGCGGCGGUGGCCCAGGCCCAGGCCCAGGCUCAAGCCCAGGCCCAAGCGCAGGCUCAAGCUCAAGCUCAAGCCCAGGCCCAGGCCCAGGCCUCCCAGGCUUCGCAGCAGCCACAGCAGCAGCCGCCACAGCCUCCGCACUUCCAGUCCCCGGGGGCGGCCCCCCAGGGCGGGGGUGGCGGGGACAGCAACCCCAAUCCCCCGCCCCAGUGCUCCUUCGACCUGACCCCCUAUAAGACGGCAGAGCACCACAAGGACAUCUGCCUCACCGUCACCACCAGCACCAUCCAGGUAGAGCACCUGGCCAGCUCGUAGAGACCUGUGCUGCCGUCCCCCGGGGAGAGGGGAAAGAGGCUCUGGUCCCUUCUUUCUCCAGCUCCUCUUGGUGGGAAAAGUCCUCUUCUUCCUUGACAGGCCACGGCUCCAUCUCCUUGGGCCUCAGGCAUGGCCUUCUCUCACAGGAUACCAUCCUUAUUGUCUCAGCUCCUCUUCCGAAGGAACGUCAGCCCUCCUGAAUGGCAGAGGAGUACUGAGCUGGCCGCAUAAUCCAGCAGCCUCCCGCCUAAGCGUAGCUUUUAACAUUGGGGGUUGGUGCUCAGGGGAGGGGUUUGCUAUGACCUCAUAGAGACUUUUCCAGCGUGGGCACUUACUCUCUCCUCACCCUCGUAAUCCUCCAAGCUCGGGCUGACAGAGGACUAGAGGCUGGCACUCCCAGACGUCAGAGGAGGGAGCCCUAAAUGCAAGCAGCCUCCUGUUCUGUUCUUGCCUGCGAAAGAACAGAGGUUCCUCCCGUGCCCCUGUCCCUGGGAGCCGUUUUCUUCCCCUCAUGAUCUCACCUCACUUCCUACCUGAUGCUGGAGGGAGGUCUGGGGCGGGUCAGACCCCCUUUAUUUGUAAAGGGGCGAGGGCCGAGAUGUGGUCCCCAAGGGGCCGGAGAUCCCCAAAAUGGCCGACGGUGGCUUAGAAGUGUGGGUUAUGGUUUUCCUUGGAGCCUCUCCCCCUCUCUGCCAGCCGAGGCCCUGUGCUCAGUCUCCCCGUCCCCACCCUAAGGAGCUGCGGGUUCUUUAUGAAACCCCACAAUAAGGGGGCUGCAGAGAAGGGAGAGUUCGGGGCAGAGGCAAGGACUGGACUUAGCUCCCUAGGUGCCACGGUCAGUUGCCGGACACGGAUUUAUAUAUAAAUAUAUAUAUAUAAAUAUAUAUAUACCCACUCAUCACGGCCAUCUUUGUUGUAACCAUUUCUGUGUUUAUAAAUGCAUUAUCUCUGAGAA